ACAAAAGCGAAACUCUGUCUCAAAAAAAAAAAAAAAAAAAAAAAGAAGUAAAGGUGGAGAGAUUUGGGAGGCACCUGAAUAGAGGUCAAAGCUGAAACCUCAAAGUAUAUAUACAUUUUUAAAAUACAUUAAUAAGAAAGCAGAGGACCAAGCAGGAGCAUAGAAGACAGGGAUUUAUUGAAAGUUGUAAAAGGGAGAGGAGAAAGAAAGGUGUAAGAAAACCAAGAUAGUGGUGUAAUGAGAGCACGGGAAGAUAUUUUUAAGCUUGAUGUUUCUCAAUAUCGAGUUGAAUAUGACCAGAAGGAUGCCAAAGGCAAUUCUAAAGUGUGUUUUGAAGAUUUCAUGGUUCAUGGGUUAAAAAUGUGUAUAUGCUGAGGAAAAUAUCCCUUGUCCUCUCAAGUUUUUUGCCUUCCGGUUUAAUUAUAGAUGAUUUGGGCUAGCGGAAAAUGAUUGAGCUAGCUAUGCUCCAGUUCUUUCCCUUCUUUUGGCAUGAGCAUGAGGAAUUCUAAGUAAAAAUAAUUAUUAGAUAAUAUUAAUAUCUCUAUUAUACUAUAUUGUAUGGUAUAACAUCUCUAUUAUACAUGGGGAUUUUUCUUUAUUACCAAAGACAAAGAUAAUGUCAUCUCAUGUAUCCCUUCAGCUAGUUUUUAAUUCUCCCUAAUGAUGAAUACUUGAAUACAAAGAAAUUUCUGGCCUUUUAUUUUUCUGCUGAACUCAGGAGAUGGAGGUGCCUCAGGAAUAUUUAUUUGAAUGAAUUUAAUGCAUUUUUUCCUGUGUAUUUACAGAUGAGACAUGAGUGGGUUUGGUUGGAUUCUGAUCAAGAUUAUCCCAAUGACUCUGAGUUGAGCAAUGAUUGCAAAUCCCUCUUCAGCUCAUGGGACUCCAGUCAGGAUCUUGAUGUGGGCAGCUGGAGGGAAACUGAGGAUCCAGAGGCUGAGGAACUAGAGGAAAGCAGCCCAGGGAGAGAAACUAGUGAACUGCUUGUUGGGGAUAGAGGCAGUGAGGAAUCUCAGGAAGAGGCAAAGCAAGUCAGCCACCAGAACCUCCUCCACUUUCUCUCUGAGGUAGCUUACUUAAUGGAGCCCUUGUGCAUUAGCAGCAAUGAAUCAAGUGAAGGCUGCUGCCCUCCAUCUGGUACCAGACAAGAAGGAAGGGAAAUUAAAGCUAGUGAAGGAGAAAGGGAGCUCUGCAGAGACACUGAAGAGCUUUCAGCCAAGGGAUACCCCUUAGUAGCUGAAAAGCCACUGGGAGAAAAUGGAAAGCCAGAAGUGGCUUCAGCUCCUUCAGAUAUUUGUGCAAUUCAGGGACCACCCACAGGGAGUGAAGAGGGGGAGGCUCAGCAAGAAUCCAAAGAGGAGGACCAGGGUGAAGUAUAUGUGUCAGAGAUGGAAGAUCAGCCCCCUUCAGGUGACUGUGAUGAUGCCUUUAACAUUAAGGAGACUCCCUUGGUGGAUAUAUUUUUCAGCCAUGCUACCUCCUCAAAGCUGACUGAUCUAAGCCAGGAUGACCCUGUUCAGGAUCAUUUGCUAUUUAAGAAGACACUCCUGCCAGUCUGGAAGAUGAUUGCCAGUCACAGAUUCAGCAGUCCAUUUCUGAAGCCUGUGUCAGAAAGGCAGGCCCCAGGGUACAAGGAUGUGGUAAAAAGACCUAUGGACUUAACUACCCUGAAGAGACAUCUCUCUAAGGGUCGGAUUCGCACCAUGGCCCAAUUCCAGCGAGAUCUGAUGCUGAUGUUCCAAAAUGCUGUAAUGUACAAUGACUCUGAUCAUCACGUAUACCAUAUGGCUGUGGAAAUGCGACAAGAAGUCUUGGAGCAGAUUCAGGUGCUGAAUAUUUGGUUAGACAAAAGAAAAAGCUCAAGUGGUCUGGAAGGAGAACCAGCCAACCCCGUGGAUGAUGGAAAACCUGUUUUGUAACCCGGAGCUUCUAUCCUGACUUUUCUAGAGUUUGAACCUCUCCCUGAACUCUGACCUAGAGAGGAUCCCAGUACUUCUUUGCCAUGUCUCUGUUGUCUUUUCCAAUAAGAAUAAUGCCUAACUCACUCAAUGAUGCAUGUGGACAUAACAUAAGGAAAAACAGGGGAAGCUGAGAUUUUGGUUUAAUGCCAUAAAUGUUGCGUACAUCUUUGUUCCACGGGCUUGAUUUAAAGACAAUUAGAUUAGAUCUUUUACUAAGCCUUUACUCUAAUAAAUAAAUGUCUUUUCACAAACA